AUGGAUCUGGCCAAGGGCAACACCUGUGAAGGGGUGUCAGAAACGCUCAUGCCGGUAGUGCACGCCAUGAUCAAAGAGUUCAUCAGGGUAUCCGAUGAGACUGGCUUCAAAUCUGUUCUCAAUGAGAUCGGAGACGAGAUCACGAGGUUUUUGAACUACCCAGGUAUACGAGAGGGGUGGAAGUUUCUGAACACGCGCCUAGAGGACAUUCCAGUCAUAGGCUUGUGGUUCAAAACAGUCGGUAAGGCGGAAGGCUGGACUUACGAGCAUCUGGUACCCAAAUCCUUGCGGGAUUCCCUUCAAUCUUGUGCCAAUGACGGCAUCCGACAUCCAGCCCAGAAUCCCCUUGGAUUCUUACUGGCGUUAGGCAUUGACACAAUAGAGCACCCAACCAUUCUCGAUAUCCUGUUGGCGAUUCCAGGAGUUGGGGAGUUUGCCGAAUCGAUCAAGUUCGCCGAGGAGGCAGUAAAGGGAGCGGAAGACGCAGCCAAAAUUGCAGAACGGUUGAGCAAUGUGGUUGCAAGCGAUGGAGUAGCUUCCGAUCUUGACAAGAUAGCCAAAUUAGCAGACAAAGCUGAUGCUUCCGCAGAUGCAGCAGAAGCCGCAGCAGGAUCAGCUAAAGGCACCGAACAAGAAGCCAAAGCCUUGGAACAGGCUACAAAGGCUGAUGAGGCGUCUAAGGCUGCAGACAAAGCAUUCUAUGACGGAGAGAAUGAAGCCAAGAAGCUUUGCCCACGUGGUAUAACUUCUUCCCUGAUGUCUUGGUGGUGCUCGCCGGCCGAGCAGGCUCCGGCAGAAGAGGGCCCCGCCGAUAAUGCUGCCCGGAGCCGGGCUCGUAGGAACAGGAAGAAGAGAAGAAACAGGAGGAUCAACAAGAAGGCGGAACCGGAGUCGGAGCCAGAGACACAGCCGGAGACUGAAUCAGAAUCUGAGCCAGAGCCGACCCAGCCCCAGGGACAGCCUAAGCCACAAGAUAGACCACAGAACAAGCCACAGAAACAGCCCGAACCCGAGCCCGAGUUCUUGAAGAACACACGGUUCUCACGGAGGAAUGUUGAAAGAUCGAUAGAGAGGGGAACGUCCUCCCUGAAGGGUGGUAUCACUUAUGUUGCAACGGAUGGGAAAAAUACAUUUCCACAUCACUUUUCCAAUUUUGAAAAUAUCGACUUUGAGCUACCAAACCCAAACGAAUUCAACAUGAAAGACCUCCAGGAAUUCCCCCUGACUCAAACUGUCUUCAACACAGGCAUGCAGCCUGGCCCUUACCGCACGGUAGUGGGUACUUUUGACGAUGUAUGGUUAUUCUCAGGAAUCUGCGUCUGGCAAUGUGCUAACUGA